AUGUGGAUUUUCAAUUGGUUUCAAGACAUUUUGGCCUCUUUAGGUUUGUGGAACAAGAAUGCUAAGUUGUUGUUCUUGGGUUUGGAUAAUGCUGGUAAGACCACCUUGUUGCACAUGUUGAAAAAUGAUAGAUUGGCCACCCUUAACCCAACCUGGCACCCAACUUCCGAAGAACUUACUAUCGGUUCCAUCAAAUUCACCACCUUCGAUCUCGGUGGUCACGAGCUUGCCAGAAGAUUGUGGAAGGAUUAUUUCCCAGAAGUUGAUGGUAUUGUGUAUUUAGUCGAUGCUGCUGACUCCACCAGAUUUGAAGAAAGUAAAGUUGAAUUGGACCACUUGUUGGCCAUUGAAGAGUUGCAAAAGGUCCCAUUCUUGAUUUUGGGUAACAAGAUUGACUCUCCAAACGCUGUUUCAGAAAACGAAUUAAGACAAGCUAUGGGUCUCUACAGCACCACCGGUAAGGGUAAGGUUCCAUUGGAUGGUACCAUCAGACCAAUCGAAUUAUUCAUGGUUUCCGUCGUCAUGAGACAAGGUUAUGGUGAAGGUAUCAGAUGGUUGUCCCAAUAUAUUUAA